AUGACAGUCGUUUACGCGAAAGUGAAGCUCAACUUCAAGAGCGAGCAGUACACAUUCCACAUCGACUCGCGAAUGAACUUCGAAAAUUUGGUCACCAGAGUCGAAGAAAUGUGCAACUUGGCGCACGGCUCUCCCCUCGUUUUGAAAUACAUCGACGAAGACAACGACCCUAUCGUCGUCUUUUCCGACGAGGAAAUGGAAGAAAUGCUGCGAAUCAACCACCCGAACGAAAGUAUACACAUGCACGCGUUUAACUGUCGCCCGCCCGAGCCAGGAAAACGCUGCGAAGGAGAAACAAAGGAUAUUUACAGACGAAAUGCAAUGGCCAAGAUCAAGCAUCGAUUGAGACACCUGGGCAGAAAAAAUAACCGACAGCCGAAAUCGCACGAUUUUCCAGUUAUUGGUCCGGAUCACAAUAAUUUACCAGCGACAUUCACAAAUGCGGCAAAUCCUCAACCGACUCCUCCUGGUGGCAGAAAACUGGGAAUGGAAAUCACCCAGGAUCCGAAAAUCCAGCGGGGAUUCAACUUCACCGAUUUCGAGCUCAUCAAAGUCAUCGGACGCGGCAGCUACGCAAAGGUUCUCCUGGUCCGUCUGCACACGACGAAGCGCCUCUAUGCGAUGAAAGUGAUCAAGAAAGAACUCGUCUGCGACGAAGAAGACAUCGACUGGGUGCAAACAGAAAAGCACGUCUUCGAAACCGCCUCGAACCAUCCCUUCCUCGUCGGCCUCCAUUCCUGCUUCCAGAGCCCCUCGAGACUUUUCUUCGUCAUCGAGUACAUCAAUGGCGGGGACUUGAUGUUCCACAUGCAGAAGCAAAGAAAGCUGCCAGAAGAGCACGCAAGAUUUUAUUCGGCAGAAAUUUCUCUCGCGCUCCAUUUUCUUCACGAAAGAGGAAUCAUCUACCGCGAUUUGAAGCUGGACAACGUACUCCUCGACUCCGAAGGCCACAUCCGAUUAACCGACUAUGGAAUGUGCAAAGAAGGAAUCCUCCGACCGAACGACGUGGCGACCACUUUUUGCGGGACGCCGAAUUACAUCGCGCCAGAAAUUUUGCGCUGCGAAGACUAUCGAUUUUCUGUCGAUUGGUGGGCACUUGGUGUGUUGAUGUACGAAAUGAUGGCUGGUCGAUCCCCCUUCGACACUGGCCCGGUGACGAAUCAAGAGGGCGAGCAAAACACAGAAGAAAUCCUCUUCCAAGUGAUUUUGGAACGAGUCAUCAGAAUUCCCAGAUCUUUAUCAGUCCGAGCUGGGAAGGUUCUGAAAGGCUUUUUGAACAAAGACCCGAAUGAUCGACUCGGUUGCAUUGGCGAGAAUGGCUUCCAGGACAUCAUCAAUCACGAGUUCUUCAGAAGUAUCGAUUGGCAACUGCUCGAGUCUAAACAGAUCAGCCCCCCGUACAAGCCGUACAUCCGCGACGAAAUGGGCCUUGACAACUUCGACACCCAGUUCACCGAAGAACCAGCUCAACUGACGCCCGACGUGAACACCUUCCGCGGCAACGAGUUUGAAGGCUUCGAAUACGUCAACCCCCUCCUCAUGACUGUCGAAGAUCAAGUCUGA